CUUGAUUGUGACGUUUAGUUCGUGAGACCUAUUCAAGUCACGGGAAAAACGGACUUUCUUUCCCUUUUCUAGACGUAUGACAAAUUCUAAAGAGAUGAUAACAAGUUGGAAUGCAAAGGAGUUAGCUGCUGCCGCAAAUUGGUCUAGACAAUAUCAACCUGCAACACAUGGUAACAGUCAUGAAAAUCAUGAGAAUACUGAGUCAAGUGAGGUAUUGAAACAGUCAGAGACACCAGAAUGGGAAAAAGCAAGGCAAGCAUUAGCCAAAAUGAACCCACAGAUUUCUAAGUCACCUGUAAAGUCUUCAACCAAAGCUAGCAAUAGCAACCCUAGCGGUAUGACUUCCACCAUCCAGCAGCAACCAAUGAUGUACCCACAGUACUAUCAACAAUAUUAUCCACCAUGGAAUGGCUAUAACUAUCAGUAUCCUUAUACAGGUUAUAUACCACCUUACCCUAUGCCUCCUUCACAGCCAAAUGUACGUCCACCUCCACCCUAUCAACCAUCACCUCCUUCAGUACCUUCAUCAACAGCAAGCAGCAUAAACUCAACUGAGAACAUAAAUACCACACCAACUGAACAAACAAGUGACCAGAACACCUUACAUGAGCACACGAAACUCAGUACUUAUCAGCCAAGGCAGCAUUGGCAAACCAGAAAUCAGCAGCAUCCUCCAUAUUCACCUCAAAAUGAAAAGGAGGAAAAUAACAGAGAACAAGAAAGCAGGCAUACUUUUGUACCUCGGCAGCAACGUAGUUCCUAUGCUGAUGCUUUAAAGCACCAAAAUGAUGAAAACAGCAACAGAGAGCAAGGAAGCAGGCAUACUUUCAUACCACCACAGCAAAGAACGUCCUAUGCUGAUGCUUUGAAGAAUCAAAAUGAUGAAAACAGCAACAAUAAUAAACAAUCAUUUUGGAAACAAUCUAAUCAGUCAAAGUGGAACCCAGGUGGAAAUUUGAAUAAUAAUAGUUUUUCGUCACCAAAUGCAAAGAAAUUUAGACCAUCUUUUGAGAGAAGGGAUAGUCUUUCACAAGAUGAACGUUCAACACCUUUGCAGACAGAGCCUCCAAAAAAAAGAAGCCCUAGUAGGAAGCAGCAACAGCCGCAACACCAAGAGCAGCAGCACAUGAGAAAACCAGAGAGACAAAAAUCCCCACCCAAAGAGGAUACCAGAGAUGAACCCUCACUGUCAGCUCAAGAGUGGCCACCAAGUUUGAGGGAAUAUGUGCAGAGAGCAUUUGAGAAGUGUGAAACAGAAUCUGAUAAAGAUCAAACAGAACAGUUCCUGAAGAAUAUGCUGACUUCACACUUCAGAGAUGGCACUGCUUGGGUAGUUGACUGGGACAAAGAACCUUUGCCAAGUCUGAGGAGGUCACCCCCAGAAGAUAAAAAACUCCCUAGAUGGCAUCCUUCAAGGAGGAGGUCGCCACCUGUUCCUCGAAGAAGAAGGGAAAGGAGCAGGAGUUUAUCACGUUCUAGAAGUGGCAGUAGAAGUAGAAGUAGGAGUAGAAGCAGAAGUAGGAGUGUUAGUCCUGAUAGCAAGACAAGGACAAAAGCAUUUGAUCCUAAACGACUUGGAAAGAAAUUGCCCAAAACUAAAGGAAAGGGAGGAAAACCUCAAAAAGGGAAGAAGAAUGCUAAAGGGCCACAAAUAGCAAAUUACAAUGCUACUGCUGACCCAAAAGCUCAGGAAAAGAUACAGAAACGUGCAGAGAGAUUCAAGUCAACUUUAGCCCCUCAAAGGCCCAUGGCAACUAGUAUUUUAAACACCAUCCAUUCUUUGUCAUUUGGUGAAGAUGGUGAAGAAAUGGAUUGGAGCAAAUAUCAUGUAGUUGGAACAUGUGAAGAUUUAGAAAAACCCUACCUCAGGCUUACUUCAGCACCAGACCCCUCCACUGUUCGUCCAGUUGAGGUACUGGGAAAAUCUAUGGAAAUGAUCAAAAACCGUUGGAAAGAAAAGCAAGACUACACUUAUGUUUGUGAGCAACUUAAGUCUGUCCGUCAGGAUCUCACUGUGCAAGGGAUUAGAGAUGCUUUCACUGUACAAGUCUAUGAAACUCAUGCCAGGAUAGCCUUAGAGAAGGGAGACAGAGAGGAGUUCAACCAGUGUCAGACACAGCUGAAAGCCUUGUAUGCUGAAAAUUUGCCGGGAAAUGUUGUAGAGUUUACUGCCUAUAGACUGCUUUAUUAUAUUCUCACCAAAAAUACAUUGGAUCUGACAACAGCCUUGGCUCAUUUGACAAAAGAAGAGAAAGCGGACCCGGCAAUAAAACACGCAUUAUUAAUACGUUCAGCUUGGGCUUUGUCUAAUUAUCACACUUUUUUCCAGCUCUACUUGAAUGCACCCAACAUGUCAGGCUAUCUAUUAGAUCUCUUUGUACAGCGCGAGAGAGUCCAAGCUCUGAGGGCCAUGAUCAAAUCGUGGGUUGUUUUUGUGUGUUAUUUUCUGGGAAAAUGGCGAUCUGUUCAUUCGUUAAUUUUGAAUUUUAAAAUGUACCAUUUGUUUUUUAAGAAAAACCUAUAUUCAAUUAAAAUGAAAUUGGUCAUUUCCACUGGCUGCUGUUCUAGUGUAAUUUGUAAGGAAAGGCAAAAAUGAACCGAUCAUCAAUCUCAUUUCCCAGAUAUUUUAGAGCAUUUUUUUCUGACUUUGCCGAUACUCGAGCUGAUGUUUUCCACAUUCAAUUUGUGUUCAAACCUCCACACAUUGUCCCUCUGAUUUGUUAACUUGAGGAGAAUUGUGUUUGCCCCUUUUUUUCUAGUCUUGUGGUCUAAGUCAUAAAAACAUGCCCUAAGAUGAUGCAUGAUAUAUGAUUGUUUGUGUGUAUCGUAGUAGUGUCAUCGUUGUUUCUGUGGUUACCUUUUUAGUCAUGUUUGUGCCUUCGGACCUAAAUUCGAAGGAUUAUUGUAUGUAGCUAUGAGUUCAAUAUUUUUCUGUGCAAGGCCCAGGUGUCAUUAGGGUGUAAAACAUUAGUAAUGCUAAACCUUCACAAACUUUCAUCGCUCUGUGGUCAUGUGAUUUCCCAAGAUUUUCCCACUGUGCUUACAUCUUUUUGGCCUUCUUGCAAAGAGUAGCAUUUACCUAUUUUCUUGGAGGGUAUUUCCUUCGAUCCUAUCGUUUACUUACAUUAAAGCGCAUUUUUCUUGCGUGCGUUAUACUUUGUCCAGUCAAAAAAAAAAGACGUGUAUUGGAGGAAUUAUCCCUGGAAUUAGU